UGAUCUUUCGCCGAGAGCGCAACACGCAGCACGCAUCACGCAACGAGAUUCGAAUACCAGUCGCCAAUACCUUAGUAGUGUUUCGUUUGUGCCUUUUUGUGUGUGUGUGCGUGUGUAUUACAGAGUAUUCUCGUAGCGGCAAGUUUUAGAAUAACAAAUUAACUAAAACUUGAAAAAAUAAUUAACGAAAAGAAACAGCAAAUGCUACGUGCUGAUUUUUAAAACGAAUCACCUUUACAAAGUGUAUUGAAGCAUUAUUGAAAAUUGUUCAAAUUCUUACGUACCCCGUCCACCGUCCACGUGAGCAGCAAAUAGCAAACGCAAUCAAAAUACGUGCAUAAGUACCUACACAUAUAUAUAUACAUACAUAUAUAUAUUUUAUAAAUACAAUCCACAGCGUGCACUCACGAUUUGUAAUAACUGUUUGAAUAAGUAAAAUAUAAAAAAAAAAGCGCCAAAAUGUCGAAGAAUAACGGAAAAGGAGACCAGUACGAAAAUCAAUUUCCGCAACCGGCUGAAAAGCAAACUUUGUCGGAAAUGAUCUACAAUCCGAGCAAAGGCACCAUCUUUGGUCGCACUGGCAAAAGUUGGGGUCAACUAUUCUUAUUUUAUGCCAUAUUCUAUAUCGUCCUUGGCAUACUGUUCACCAUUUGCAUGCAGGUCAUGCUCUCGACUAUGGAUAAUCAUCAGCCUAAAUGGAAGCUGGAUGAGUCUCUGAUUGGCACCAAUCCCGGAUUGGGUUUCCGACCGCUAAGCGAACAAACCGAACGCGGUUCGGUUAUUGAAUACGAUAGAAAGAAGCCCGCCGAAUAUGAAUACUAUAUUAGCUUGGUCGAUGAAUUUUUAAAGGAUUACAAUCACACCGAGGGUCGCAAGAUGAAGCACUGCGAUUUCAAGCAAAACCACAAUGACAACGAGGUCUGCGUCGUUAAUAUUGAUAACUUUGGACCCUGCACAGCAGCAAAUGGAUAUGGCUAUAAGACUGGCGAGCCCUGCAUCUUUCUCAAGCUGAACAAAAUAUUUGGCUGGGUGCCCGAUUUCUAUGAGUCGGCCAUCAAUGGCAUGCCCGCCGAUCUGCAGGAGCUCAUCAAUGCAACGAGUGUCGAUGAGCGCCAACAAAUCUGGGUCUCCUGCAACGGUCACUUGAGCAAGGAUAAGGAGCACUUCCAUAACAUUAGCUAUUAUCCCAGCCAGGGCUUUCCCGCCUAUUACUAUCCCUAUCUAAAUCAGCCCGGCUAUUUGAGUCCGCUUGUUGCCGUCCAAUUGCAUGCCCCGCCCAAGGGCAAGAUGCUGGAUGUGGAGUGCCGCGCCUGGGCCAAGAAUAUCAUCUACAGCGGCAGCUUACGCGAUCGCAAGGGUUCGGUUACCUUCCAGAUUUUGUUGGAUUAAAAUGCGAACGGUUUGUUAAGCUAGAAGAACUUGUGAUUGCAACAACCUAAGCUAGCCUUAUGCGAAAUUCUCGUCCCGAGACCAACUACAACAACAACAACAACAACAAGAAUGAGGAGAAGAAGAAAAGUUAAUUUUUAGAGCUUAGGCGCCUUCAAGUCUUAAAUGUAUUGUAUAUAUUUAUAUGAAGAGAAACAAAAUAACAACGCGCACCUAUAACAAAAUCAGCCCCGAAAAAAAAA